UCUUCACCAACACGAGCAGCUUUAGUGGCCGACAUGAUAGCAAGGGUUUAGAAGAGGUAGAGGCUAUGAAAGGUGCUUGUAUCCUUGCCGUCGGAAGGUGAAGGUUGAACGGUGGGAUUUGGCACUGGCGUUAUUAGAGCAAGGGAGGCUCCUUGCACAAGUCUGCUGAUGGGAACUGGAAUUUAGGUAGAAGCUGUCGAGUGGCUGAUCUUGGCUGUCAGGGCCGUAACUCACGGGAGCGUAAGUUGGUCCAACAGGGCUGUGUCCCGUGGCUGGCAAGGUAAGUUGCUGUAAGGGCGAUUCAGCCUCAUCGGGCUAUCGUACGGUAGAGUUACGGCCGCUCCCGCAUAACUUGAAAGCAAUUCCCGUCAAAUUCUCAUCACAGGCAUCUUCAUCACGCAGACACAUACUCAACUCCCCGUCGCCAACAAACCGUGCCUAUUUACGUGCAGCUCGAUUAAUAUCUUCCGGACUGCCCAGGAAUCUAUACUACCCUAGGCACCCAUCAUCUUCUUUAACCAUGACCGACAAACGAAAGGCUUCCGGGUCCCUCGGAUCCUCUCAACUCGUCAAAAGAAUCAGACCAGAUGGCGCUGGUGGAGAUGGAUCGUCAGCGGUUUCGAUUGUGAAUAGCUCUACGAGCAGUGGAGCCCUCAUACAAGCUGUACGUUUUGCUUCAGUCCCAGCCAAUUUUUACAGCCUUUCAGAGAUCGGAUGUGAUGCUCAUUCAACGCGAUUUCGCAGGUACCGCGAACAUCGGCUUUACAAGCUCCAAUCAUGGAACUAACGGGACAUUCGGUAAGGAUUCAGCCUGGGAGAAUACCUUCUCUUUCCUUCCUUGCCAAAUGUGCGGUAUGCCAAUGACCUCUUGCAGAAGGAAGUGUUCGCUGUUCGCUUCGAUCCCACAGGUCAGAAUAUUGCCUCUGGUUCAUUCGAUAGAUCAAUUUGUAACAGUCUUCCCCGCAUUUCAGUUUCUCUACAUUUCUUACACUCCUCCUUUUUCCCGCCGGAGGUAGCUAAUGACGCGACAGUGGUUUGGAGAACAUAUGGGGACUGCCCGAAUUAUCUUGCUCUUCCGGGGCAUAAGGGAGCUGUGCUCGAUCUCCAUUGGUCGCGAGACUCACAAAUUAUAUUCUCUGCUUCUGCUGACACCUUACUGGCCACGUGGGACGUUAGCACUGGGAUUAGGAUAAGAAGAUACAUCGGGCAUGAAGAUGUUGUGAAUGCAAUGGAUGUAACUAGGCGGGGACCGGAAUUGAUGGCCAGUGGGAGCGAUGAUGGGUCUCUCGGAGUAUGUCGCGCUCCCGAUAAUGCUUCCUUUGCGGUCCCGAUGCUAAAGGAUACGCUUCUAGAUAUGGGACCCCCGACAAAAAGAAUGCAUAGAUUAUCUGGAAACAAACUUCCCAGUAACGGCUGUCGCUAUCAGCGAAGCUGGGAAUGAGCUCUUCAGUGGCGGGAUUGAUAACGAUAUCAAGGUACGGGCAAAAAGUCACUCGUCCCGAAUUGGAACUAUACCUUUACUCAUCAACCCGACUGCCAGGUUUGGGACCUACGGAAGCGCUCGGUAGCGUACACUAUGCGCGGCCACCAAGACACGGUCACAUCGCUGAGUGUCUCCCCAGAUGGUCAAUCUAUGUUAUCGAACGCGAUGGAUAGCACUGUUCGCACAUGGGACAUCCGGGCGUUCGCACCAUCUAACCGACUAAUAAAUACGUAUGUCUUUCCAAAUCAGGCCCUUCUUCAUUGCAAGACUCCCCGCUAACAAUUUACUGCACAGAUACGAAGGGGCCCCGUCCGGAAUAGAAAAGAAUCUCAUUCGGGCAAGUUGGUCGCCGACGGGCGAUAGGAUUGGGGCCGGAGGUGGGGACGGCAGUGUCGCGGUAUGGGAAGCGGGGACCAAAAAACUAUUGUACAAGCUUCCGGGACACAGGGGGACAGUUAAUGAUAUGCGCUUUUCUCCAAACGCUGCGGAGCCUAUUAGUGAGUAUUCAUUCCCCAGCCUCCUGAUCCAGUACUAACGUUAUACACAGUUGUAUCCGCAUCCUCAGAUAGAAACAUCCUACUCGGAGAAUUAGGUAAAUAA